AUCUUUUCAAUAACUUCACUUUGUACUAGGCAACAUCUUCUAUAAAUUUAUUUUAUGCUUUCUUUUGUCGGGUACGUUUCCGUGGCGAGUUCUUUCUCGAAACAAAAUGGGUAAGGUUAAGUGUUCAGAAUUGAGGACGAAAGACAAGAAGGAGCUGACAAAACAGCUCGAAGAAUUAAAAACCGAACUUACGAGUUUGAGAGUUGCUAAAGUUACUGGUGGAGCUGCAUCAAAACUGUCAAAAAUUCGUGUAGUUCGCAAAGCCAUUGCUCGUGUUUAUAUUGUCAUUCACCAAAAGACUAAAGAGAACUUGCGCAAGUUCUACAAAGACAAGAAAUAUAAGCCUUUGGACUUGAGACCAAAGAAGACCAGAGCAAUUCGUCGUGCACUUAGCAAACAUGAAUUGAGACUAAAAACAAUGAAGGAAAUCAGGAAGAAGUCCAUUUUCCCACCAAGGAAAUUUGCACUUAAAGCCUAAUUUAUCUGUUUAUGAUAUAAAAUAAAUUUGUAAAAGCAUUU